ACAACACGCAUAGACCUGCAGUCACACUCGCUGGCAGGAGGGAGUUUCUCUCUCGCACACACACGCACGCACGCGACCAGUGGUUACUGUACUUGCUGAGUGGGCCAAUCAUUCAAGGAGGUGGGGGGGAAUACAUCAACAUUCCAUGAAACAUUCCUCUCGCGUGGACCGUCCGAGCAGGAAACAUCGCGAAGUUUCCUGCUAUUUAGUAUUUUGGUGGUGGCCGCAACCGCCCAGACAAGUCCAAGAAAGGUGGAGACUCCUUGGUUAACUUCCUGCACAAUAAUCUUGAAGCACCGACAAGAGAGAGAGAGAGAACUAGGGGACGCUGCCGCUGUUGUCGCUGCCGCCGGGGCAAGGACGAAUGGAUAUACGGCUCGGUUUGUUUGUUUGCUCUUGUAAAUCGCCUAAAAGCCCCUCACUCCGUGGUUGACCUCCUCUACCUGGCUAAUAGCAAUCUAGCUGCUGGAUAAGAGACCCCCCCUUCAACGUUUGGUAGCGAGGCGGUGCGAAGGACGGGAAUGGAGGUCGUGGUGGAGUACGAGUACGAGGCGCUCCACGAGGACGAGCUGACCCUGCGGCCGGGCAACGUCAUCAAGAACGUGCGAUACAUCGAGGAGGACGGCUGGAUGGAGGGAGACCUAAACGGGAAAAGAGGCCUCUUCCCCGACAACUUUGUGAAGGAAGUGAAGAAGGAAGCCAAAGAGGUCAAGGAAACCAAGGGUGAGCCAAAAGAGGAGGCCUCACAGCCUCUGAGGAGGGAGAAGAGCGCGGGGAACGUGGCCAACCUGGUCCAGAGGAUGAGCACCAUCGGCAUCCCAACCGGCGGCUUCCUGCCGCAGCCGCCAGCCGCCUCCAAGAAGCCGAAGAGGAGACAGUGCAAGGUCCUGUUUGACUAUCAGCCGCAGAACGAGGACGAGCUGGAGCUGAAGAUCGGAGACAUCGUAGACAUCAUCGAAGAGGUUGAGGAGGGCUGGUGGAACGGCAACUUCAACGGCAAGUCGGGACUGUUUCCCUCCAACUUUGUCAAAGAGCUGGACGCCACGGGAGAGGACGGAGACGCCAACGAAGCGGCUGCAGACGAGACCGAUGGAAGUGGAAUGGAAGGCGCCAGCACCGCCACCCCCGCCACGUCCCUGCUGCCCGCCUCAGGGAACGGAGUCAUCGCUCAGCCCAAGAAGGUCCGAGGCGUCGGCUUCGGAGACAUCUUUCGGGAAGGCUCGGUGAAGCUAAAGGUCCGGCUGCCGAGCCCCGAGACGGAGGAGAAGAAGGAGAGACCAAUCCCAUCAUUACCAUCCUCUGCAAAGCCCGCCCAUCCCAACAUGACAGACUCGCAGCGAGCAGACGGAGACGGCAAAGCCAAAGCAAAAGAGUACUGUAAGGUCAAGUUUGCUUUCGAGGCGACAAAUGAAGACGAGCUGACCAUCAAGGAGGGCGAUAUCCUCCACAUCCUGAGCAAGGACACAGGAGAGCCCGGCUGGUGGCGAGGGGAGAUAGGCGGCAAAGACGGCGUCUUCCCAGACAACUUUGUAGACCUGGUGUCUGAAGCAGAGAAAGAGGCGCCCACGUCGAGAGACUCGGUGAGAUUGUCUGCCAAGCCGGACUCAGAAGAGAAGCCGAAGAAGCCACCUCCACCGUCAAAAAGCAUAGGUCAGUAA